GCCAAUUUUAUCAAAAGUUUACUACUACACCCCAAAGUCCCAAGUGUCUGCGUUUUCAUCACCCAAAAGAAAAAAAAACACAGAAAUUGCUAUUUGUACAUUUUGCAACUGAAAAAUUUCAGCAUCCAGUGAAAGUUUUCCGGUUCGAAGAUUCCAUUUCCAGACAAACAGCCAGCUAAAAAUUUCAUCAUUUCACUGCCAAACUGUCACUUUUUGAUUUAAAUUCAACCACAGGAAUGGUAAUGGAGGCACCACCAUCUCCCCAGAGCGUUGGACGGGAGUUCGUCAGACAAUACUACACCCUGCUGAACAACGCGCCAGCCCACCUGCACCGAUUCUACAAUCAUCAGUCGUCGUUCAUUCACGGUGGGCUGGAUCCCAACCGCGGGGAAACGAUCCCUGUGAUUGGCCAGAAGCAGAUCCAUCAGAAAAUUCAGCAGCUCAAUUUCAGAGAUUGUCAUGCCAAGAUAACUCAAGUUGACUCCCAAUCAACUUUGGGCGGUGGUGUUGUUGUCCAAGUUACUGGGGAAUUGUCCAAUGCAGGACAGCCAAUGCGACGUUUUACUCAAACCUUCGUGCUUGCUUCUCAAAGUCCUAAGAAGUACUACGUGCACAAUGAUAUUUUUCGUUAUCAGGAUGAAAUAAUUACUGAUGAAGAAUGCGAUGGCGAUAUUCGCUCUGAAGUUGAAGAGGAAUGUCUGGACAGGCCAACUUUGGUUGAACCGCAACCACCUCUUGGUCAACCAAUCGCUCCUGCUCCAGGCUUACCUUUCUAUGGUGGAGCAGUUGCUCCAGCAGGAGCAACUUUACCUCCUUUAACCGCUCAACCUGUUGCACCUCACAUAUUGCCACCACAGCCUCAACCUCAGAUUACUCAACCACCUCAACCAACUGCUACUUUAAACGGACAUCCUGACGAAUUGGCUAUGUUACAAGGACACCUCCCUCAAUCAGUACAACAACCUCUUGGCGCUCCUAUGUCGAACCUACAGCAUCAACCUCCAAUAGUCUCACCAAUUGAAGAACCCCAAGAAAUAGAAGAACCAAUCGAAGAACCCAUCGUUGAUAAUGAAUACACUGACAUUGCUGACAAUGAAAUCGAACAGGAACUGCUACAAGAACCAGCUUCAAAUGAACCAAAAACGUACGCUAAUCUGUUGAAAAACACUGCAGGCCAGGGUCAAUCAAUCUAUCAGUCACAACAAACUACUAACACUUAUAGAGCGCCCUCUCCUCCUUUGGGCAGUAAAGGGCCGGCUCAUACGAAUGGGGUUGGCAAUAGAAUGAGCGGGCCUAGGAUGUCUGGAGGACCACCUUCUAGAGUUGGCGGACCUCCGUACCCUAGAGGACCUAGGACAGCUGAAGAUGAUGACAGACGGCGUUCGCAAUCGUCAAACUUUGGUCAAUUGGACAUCAACCAAUUGUUCUUGGGUAAUCUGCCUCACUCGGCCACCGAAGACGAACUUAGAGAAAUCUUUGCCGAAUUCGGACAAGUUUUGGAAUUGAGGGUACACAGCAAACCCACCCCGGCAGGAAUGAAACCCAACCAAGGAGGACGGAUGCCGCCCAACUACGGAUUCAUCACUUACGAUAGCCAACAGUCUGUACAAGCUUGUUUGGUGGCUAAACCCAUCUACUAUCCAAGGAACGAUUCAAACGGUACAGUUUUGAAUGUGGAAGAAAAGAAAAACAAAGAUAGAGAAGGCGGCGGCAGGCAAUCCUACGGCGGUGGCAGGCCCAUGGAUAAUAACAGAACUGGUGGGCGAGGGGAUGGGCCGAGACGUGGUGGUAUGGGUCCUGGUGGUCCAAGACCGGGUGGUCCUCAAGGUCCUGGGGAUAGAAUCCGGACUGGCGAUAGAGAAAACCGAUACAAUAGAGACAAUAGAAGUGGUGGAGGUCCACCAUCCAACCGCGGAGGACCAAACAAUUACGGUCGGCGUUAGCCUUGGCUGGAAAGUUCAAUCCCGUUUCCCUACUUGUCCUCCCACAUUCAGUUAAAUCCUAUCCCUUUUGUCAGCCAUGUGCUUCGAACCGCGCCCAAAGCAAUAUAGGGACAUAGUAUUCUUAUUAUUAUUUUCUCAUACUUUCUUAUUUUGUCGGGAAUUUAAUUUUUCCUAUUUUACUUAGGCGUAACACACAUACGGAAAAAAAUUUUGGAGGUAUUUACUCCACUACUCUUUUUUAUACUCAUUUUUUAUGCAUCCAAGCCGCAGGUUAAUCAGGUUGUGUUGCGUAUUAUUUUUUUAAAUAAUAAUUUUUCAAUCCUGCAUGUCUUGGAAUUUUUUAAUAUAGGGCACCUAAUACCUUAUGACAAUACAUACAAAUUCUAUAUUGUGAUAAAAUACAUAACAUACUUCUACUUCAUUUAAGGUAGAUUAUGUAUUAUUAUUUUUUAUUUUAAUACACAUGUUAAUAGGUUAAAUUUUCAAAAAAAAAAGUAAAUACCUCAAAUUUUUUUUUGGCUCUACUCAAACGCCUGUAUAUUUUUAUAUAAUUAUAAAUAAAAAUAAAAUAUAAUUGUGGCAUUUUUAUUAACAGAAUUGAUACAAGGAAAAAGUAAAUUUGUGCCAAUUUUGCGAUGAAAAAAAUUAGCAAAGAAAGUAUACUACCCACCCGACUCUUGUGACUGCGAUUGAUUGAAAAUCAAUGGAAAAGUUGAAAGUACAUUUUUGUUUGUUUUUACUAGUUUUUCUAGAAAGGAAACUAGCAACAUUGAAUAUAAUUGUUUUUGGUUUUUUUAAAUAAACACUGCCAAAACAAAAUAUUUUGGAUUAAUUUGAGCUAAGUACCUGUUUGAAAAUAAUUGAUAUUAAUUCAAUUUUAAGCUUUGAUUAUUCAUUGUUGCUAAUUUCUUGAGCAUAUUUUGUUUGGUCUCAUUUUCUUAGAAAUAUUAAGCAUUGAAAUAGACUGGUACCUUAUAAAACACAAUGUGCAUAAAAAUAUUGGGCUAAUUAUUUAAUAAAACGUUUUUUUUUUAAAUAUAAUUGUUGGUUUUCUUUAUUUUUUUUUCCCAAAAGUUGCUGUCAUUUUAAUGUGAGACCAAUCAGAAAUGCCUAAAAAAAAUGUAAUUUGACUGGAUAUUUUAGGCCUUUAGCAAAAAAAAAAUAAAAUCGUUAGAAUAUAUAAAUAAAUAAAUAAAUACCUAAUAAAAUAAUUUUAAUUUAAGUUUUGUUUUCUCCUAUAUUAUCAAUUGAAUAUUAAAUUUGAUAAUUCGUGUUUAUUUAGUAUGUUCAGGUAGUUGAUCUUUUGAAUAUUUGAAAUAAUUAUAGGGAAAAAAUGUAAAAAAUAAUAUUUUCUAGGGAAAUUAAUACAUAAUAAUUAUUAUAAUGGGUUUUUUUCAUUUAAAAGAUCGACUAUAUCCUGAAUAUCAAUAAUUAAUUAAUUCUCUUUUUGAUUAUUUUGUAUUUUUUUUUUCAUUAUUGUGUAUUUAAUUUUUUUUAAUCUGUGAUUUUUAACUGCAGUUUGUGUUAGCUUGUACUUAGCAAUUUAUCUAAAUAAAUUGAUAGUUUUUUUAGGAAA